UCAAUCUACGGCGCAAAUUAUUACCAUUCAACUUCAAAAUAAUAAUGCCCAGUUGCAAAGGCCUCAGAAUAUUGGUGGUCCACGAAAUGGUAAUGGCCGUCAGCCUCUAAGACCUCAGGACCUAUUCAGCAAUACUUCCAUUGCUGUUCAACAUUACGCAGACCCAAAUGAAGGCACAGAAUUCAUUGAAACGCAUGGUAUAGAAAAUCCACAAUCACAGAGCAUCGAAUCAUUAACGUCGCUGAUCUUUGGACUUUCCUUCCCAUAG